UCUUGUCGUCGGUGGGUACCAGCACUCAGCACGGCAGCACCCGAGAAGUCGUAAUCGAGUGUGCUCGUCGUCGUUAAUUUCGUCGUCUCGCCCCAGUUAAACGCUCACUUCGCGCACGCGGUCACACUCGUCGUCGUUACUCGCCAGUCGGCUGUUGCCAGGACGCGCAACGUUUGCACGCUUGCGCUAGUCCAGUCGUUGUUUUACGGCGGAAAUAAUAAUUAUAUUUUUUUUUAGCUUUUCGUUUUUCUCCCUCUCUCUUUCUUGUCGUUUUGUAGUUCCCGCAAACACGCGACUGUAACAAUCACAAUAAUAAUAAUAACAAACAAUUAUUGCUGCGUGCAAUGAGUUCCGUCGAGAAAUCGUCCGAACAGUCAUUUUAUUUACACCGCCGGUGUAUCGUCUCCGUCAUCGCACGAACGGUCUCUUCCGAUUUUGGACUCAACGUAUGAACGAUACAGUCGUCGCCACCGCCAACAACAAAAGUCACAUGGUUCUCACGCCACAACCGCCGUUGUCAAUCAGCAGUUAACACUUAACACGCGGUCCAGUUUCGUCCGUCUUCAAUCGCUUCACGAAAAUAUUCGCAAUGGAUGGUAAAAUCAAGAAACUCUACAAAAUCGUGCUGACCGGCGGCCCUUGUGGAGGCAAGACAACGGGACAGUCACGAUUAUGCACAUUCUUUGAGAAUUUAGGAUGGAAGGUUUACAGAGUUCCAGAGACUGCCAAUGUUCUAUUAAGUGGUGGUAUCAAGUUUUCGGAAUUAAGUGACGAUCAAGCCCAUAAAUUUCAAGAGAACCUUCUUAGAUGUAUGUUACAAAUAGAAAACACGUUUUUUGAACUGGGCGAAUCAUGCGACCAAGACUGUCUAAUCAUUUGUGACAGAGGUGCUAUGGAUGCUGCUGCGUAUAUACCUAGCAAUAAAUGGGAUCUGAUAAUGAAAGAAAAUGGUUUGAACAUGGUUGACUUGAGAGACAAUCGUUACAAUCAAAUUAUUCACAUGGUAUCUGCUGCAUGUGGAGCUGAAGACUUUUAUACAACUGAGGAUCACACGAGCAGGAGAGAGGACGUUUCUCUUGCUAAAAGUCUAGAUGUCAAAGCGUCAGCAUCAUGGAUAGGGCAUCCAUACUUUGAUGUUAUUGAUAAUUCAUCAGAUUUUGAAAAUAAAAUAUGCAGAAUGAUAGCUGCUGUUUGUCAGAAAUUGGGCUUAGACACUGGUGAUAGAUUAGCAACCAACUCAAAAAAACGUAAAUGGUUAGUGAAGUAUUUGCCUGAUGAUCAGUUAUUCCCUCCAUUUCAAGAUUUUGAUGUUGUACACAAUUAUUUGCAGACAUACACUAAAAAUAUGCAAGCUCGUUUACGAAAACGAGGACAAAAAGGCCAUUGGAAUUAUACACACACAAUUCGCAGGCCUAGAGUCCGUGGUCAAGUAAUUGAAGUGAAAACGCAGCUCAGUCAUAGAGACUAUGUGAAUCUGUUGUCACAAAAAGAUGAAACUCACUAUCCAAUCUAUAAAAAAAGACGAUGUUUUAUACACUACAAUCAGUAUUUCCAGCUGGACAUUUAUUGUAAACCUUGUCAUAAAAGAUGUGAAGGAUUAGUGUUACUUGAAACGUAUUCUGCUCUUGAGGAUCAAGAGCUACUUGACCGUUUACCAAAAUUCUUAGACAUUGAAUCUGAGGUUACAGGUAACGCAGCUUAUUCCAUGUUCAACUUGUCACUUGUUGAAGAUUGGGACAAGUCAAAAAAUUUUUGUCACUACUUGAAAGGGCCAGAUGAAGAUCUGAAUGUUAGUGAUCAUAAAACUAACCAAGUUAGUUACAUUCAUACAAACGGAAAGCUAAGGAAAUAGUGACUUUGCUUUUACAUUUUUAAUAUAGUAUUACAAUUUUGUUUUUAGAUGUUUAUCAUUGUAUAAUAUUCAUUUUUUUACGUUUUGUUAAUUAGUACACAAAAUUGUUAUCAAUAGAUUGUUAAGUUACUAAUCUAGGUACUUUAUGUAGUCUGUAACAUAAACUACUCAUACUUACAUUUAUGCAUUAUUUUUCUUUAAAUUGGCUAUUGUUUUUUUCUUUAUUAUUAUAAUUCUUUUUUUUUUU